CUCGGCUUUUCCCGCCUGGAGACAUUCAGUUUGGUCAACGGCGUAAACCGUGUCCAUUGUGUCGAGGAGGCUCCCGAGUCCGACUUUUUUGCGAUUCGUCCCAGCAGAAAUGUCUCACAGAACAUCCCAGAUCUACUAUUCCGAAAAGUACUUCGACGACAAGUACGAAUACAGGCACGUUGUAUUACCUAAGGACAUGGUGAAAUUGCUUCCAACAGCAAGAUUAAUGACAGAAACUGAAUGGAGAAGCAUUGGUGUGCAACAAAGCCCUGGUUGGAUUCAUUACAUGAUUCACACGCCUGAGCCAUGGAUCCUGCUGUUCAAGCGACCCAUCACGACUCCACCACCAAACAAGGAAUAACGCGUUUUUACCCAUAUCAAAUUAAGCCUGAACCUAUUCCAGAUACUUUUUAAAGAGUUAAUUUCGAUUAUUUAGAUGUUAUAAAAUGUUAUUUAUGAAUCACUUCUACAGUUUAACUACAGACUCUUAUCAGAACAUAAUAUUAAUUGUGUGUUAAAUGUUCACAGAAUAAAAAACAAUAGCAAUUAUUUUCUUCUCAGAUUUUAUUUAUAUUUUAUCAGAUUUAAGUUUUGGGAAAUAAAUAAUCAACAUUAACUCGUAUAAUAUUUGAAAUAGUGUAGUGGCCCAAAAUCUCUCAUCGAUGAAGAGUUUAUAUUGGUUUUUUGUCAUCGAGGCUAAUAAAGAAUCAGCUUAUUUGUAACCUGUAUUAAUAUUCUGUUUUUUUUUUUGAAUACCACUAACAAUGUUAAAUAACUAAAAAUAUAAUAAGACUCGUAUUGGUUUAUUUUCUUUUUAUUGGUAGUGUUUUAUAAUUACAAAGAACGUCGAUAGUUCAUAGUGCUUUUUUUGCUGUUCUGUGAAUGGUGGAUAUAUUUAAUUUUAAAGCUAAAUUAUUUUAAACAAUAGGUUCAUUGGCGUAAUAUGUAUUGAACAAAAUUUUAAAACGGAUUACCUAAUUUUUUAGUUGUACCACUUUUGUCGGCGCAUUGCUUGAACAAACAAACCUGUUAUAAAAUUUUUUUUUUAUUUUGUUUGUUCAGCAAUAUUUUAUGUAAUUACUAAUUAAUAUUUGGAGGAAAAAAAAGAGCGAGAGAGAGGGAGAGUUUAUUUAGGUACCUUAGCACAAAUUUUGAUUAAUUCUGUAUUAAUUUGUCUACAAUUACAUUAAAUAUUAUAAAACUUAAUCAGGGUGCAAUGAGUAAUGAUUGUAUGAAUGUGUUUUCUCCGUGUUCAGAAAAUAGUUAUUUUGUACAUGUAUAAAUGUUUAAAACUAUUCUCUACUUGCGCUUUGAAACCCGAAAAUAAACAAUGCUUUUCUUUUUUAGACUGCUGUUUCCAAUCAAAUAAAAGGUUUAAUUUGAGUAGUAAAAAAAGAAAUGAUUACAUUUAUAUGGAAAUAAAACAAUCAUAUAAAUAUUAAAAUUGUGAUGACUAUUUUGUGUAGAAAAGAUAUUUGUAUUUUAAGAAUAUGUACUAUAUAGUUUUAAUGCUCGUUGUUAUUGUUACAUUUCGCUAGUUUUCUCGUUUUUGUAUAGGUGACAGUUGUCUCAAGUUAGUAUGAUGUGAUUGCCACUGAUUAAGUCCUAAUUGAAGUAGAUUUAGCAAAAUAUAUUAUAUGACUUUAUGUGUCACAUAAACUUGUGGCUGGAAUAUUUUGAAAUUUUGUUUCUUUGUGAUCAAUUUGUAUUUUCUAUAUAUUUGUUUUAAACAUUCCUAUGUUGUAUUGAAAUCAUACCAUUUUUAUAAAUAUAUAUUUUUAAUUAAACUGAAGUUACGCGGAUUUUAUUAUAUUCCAGCUUCUUUUGAAGGUUUAUUCAUUUUUAUUGCUACUCUGCAGUCGAUAAGUUGUAAAAGUAUAAUAAACAAAUUCAAAAAAAUUUAUUUUUCUACUUAAUUCGAAUCUGAUCUAGAACGUGUUAACCAUGUUACUCUGAUUCACUUUUUUCCCUUCUCAUGUUAAAAGAUAAUGGGAGAUUUGUGGUUUUCUGAAUAUUUCUCAGUUCAAAAAAAAAAAAAAAAAAA